AUGUUAGCAGAUUUGUCUAUAAAUUUGCUAAUUAUCCCGAAACUGGGUUGUGCUUUGGAUGGAUUGAAUUGGCACGAAGUCCAUGGUAUGCUACAAUCCACGUUCGUUGAUCGAACGAUGAAGAUUACUGUAUGCGAUCCCGAAAACAUAUCACGCCAUGUAAUCGCCGCAUGUACGGAGCAAAAAGUUGAGUUUCUGGAUUGUGGUGGUCCGGAAACACUAAAGAUAUUGCCGGUGGAAUUAACAAGCGCGAGCGAAAACACCAUGUUCACUAGAUGCUUGGACCAUUUUAGACUAUCACUAAGCUUAAUAGAUAAUGGGAGGUGGGCAUCUGUAUCAAAAGGACAAGUGGUCCGUGUAAAUGAUUCAUUUCUAAUUUGGGCAUUUGUAAGAGACGACCUACAUUUUUUCCAGACUUUGGAAGCCCAAAUUGGUGAAACGAUGGCGAUGGUCCCUAAUUCAUCAAUUUGGGCAUUUCCAAAGUCAGAAAUUAUAAACUAUGACCAAUUCAUUUCCCUCUUAAGAACAAAGUUGGCCGAUAAUGUACUGCAGCGGCAUAAAGUAGUGGUGUGCGACCCUAAUAUACCCACGCAUAUGCCGUUCACAGGCAACUGGCCCCGUGGCAGUGCCACUAAUCGUCGGCCUAACCCACGACAAACCACAAACGCAGUAGCACCUGCUCGAAGCAAUAAUUUCGUCCGUGGUCAUGGUAGUCGUCUGAGGGGACACGGCGGACGUGGAUACGGUGGACAUGGUGGAUACGGUGGACAUGGUGGACACACUCUCCCAGCCUCCACGAUCAUUUAUACAGAGGCUCUUAGGUCGAUUGUGUCAGUAGGUUAGUUUCAAUAAUAAAAUAUUAAAAAAAUUAAGUUAGUAUGUUAAUAUUAGUUAAGAAAUUGUUUAUAAUAUUGAAAAAAUAUUCUAUAAAUAUUUAAAUAGUUACACAGGCCGCACGACCCGCACCAUAUUACACUGGUGAAGAAAAUGUUUUUCGGGGACGCGGACGCGGACGGGGACGGGGACGGCUUCCUAUAAUGUGCCAUUCGUGCAGGGCGUUUGGCCAUAUGCGGUGGAACUGUCCUAACAAAUGUAUGUAUAUAUAGACAAUUAAUUUAAAAUUAAAC